AUGUCGAAGCUUCUCCUCAUCACGGGCUUGGCUGUCGCCGCCGUACACAGUGCCGGCGCCGGCGAAGCAGCGAAAGCACCGCAGCAAAAGUGCUUCCAGAACGUCGGCGUCGUCCAGAACCUCAUUGAGUACGACGCCAACGCGAACACGGGCUGCGACUGGGAGACAAAGCGGGCCAUCCUUUGCAUGCAGACCAACGGGACUCGAUCCGACGCGACGGACGAGGAGGCGGCAAUGUACCGAGCCUGCCUCUGGGGCGACGGUAACAAGACCAGCAGCUACGAAAACGCCCAGGCGGAUUGCCUGGCCUGCAAGACGGCGUCGGGAGAACUGACCAAGGAGGAGGCUGACCGCUGGGCAAAGGCGCAGAAAACGGCCAAGGGGGUCUUUCAACAGAACCCGGACAUACGCAAGACUGUCUGGGACGUGGUCCAGGAGACCGAGAACAAUGGGGCGCCAGGAGAGAACAAUCCGGAGGACGGAGCCGCCGGCAAUGGUACCCCGACACCCGCGGAGCAGCCGCCAACUCCGUCGACAUCGCCAGCCGGGAGUUCCGGAGGAAACGAUGCCGCGCCUGCGGCGGCGCCCGGGUCUGGGAAGGUCCAGGUCUCCCAGUUCAAGGUUCAGGCAUUGAUAGAGAAGACAAUCCAGGCCAAUGUGAUUGUGGAAGCCCUCAUCCCAAUUGGGCUUGGCACCAAAGCCUUGGUUUCUAGCAAGGGAACAGGCGACAGCAAGGCUAGCAGCACGGUUGAGGAGACCAGUCAGCUCAGAGUUGUUCAGACCAAGCAAAUGAUGAAAACGGUCGUCCAUUUCGGACAAGGAACAGGGAAAAUGAGAGCCAAUGCCACAUUCGUCAGCGAGGUAACAAGGCUUAUCCUCACCGAUCAAAAGAGCAGAGCCGCCUCCGACGAAGACCGCCAGACGCUGCCCCAGCUUAAGGGUUCAAAGAAGGGCAUUUCGGACGAGGAUCUCAAGCAGGAGAGCCCAGUCAAGGUCAAGGAGGCGAGCCCCGAGUGUGAGGAGUCAUUGAAGGCUGUGGAGGAAAAGGUGCUGCCGGAAUCUCAGGGACAGCUGUCGGAGCAGGAAGUCCAAAAGGUGACGUCCGAGGUCAUAUCCAAGACGACGGUGAAGCUGGAGAAGUCUGUCAGCGUCCAGAUCACCGCGCAAGGAUUCAAGACAGGGAGUAUCGGUGCCGGUGGGGAGGAAAGCGAUCUGGAGGAUGAGACGGAGGCUGCAGGCGGCGCUGGCGGUGAGAUGACCGAGGCUGGCUCUGCGACGGGGGGCGGCGAGCAGACGGAAGCCGGCUCCACGACCGGCGGCGGUGAGGGGCAGACCGAGGGUGGCUCCUCGACCGAGGGCGGCGAGCAGACGGAAGCCGGAUCCGCCACCGGCGGCGGUGAGGGGCAGACCGAGGGCGGCUCCUCGACCGAGGGCGGGCAGCCGCCAAAGAAGCCCGGCUCCUGCAAACGCCGCCGCCGCCGCAGCAGCAGCAGCAUCAACCGGCGCCGCCAGGUGUCCGUCCGGACCGCCUAA